UGUCUCUCUCUUCUUUAAUUUAUUUGUUUAAUUUGUAUCAAACUUUGUAGUCUGAGAGUCGAAUUAAUCGGACUGUUUUUAAGUGAGAACGCUAAUGUCAUGGUGAGGUUAAUAUUACGAGGACGUCAAUUUCUCUUUACAUAAAAAUAGUCGGAGUUAUCCAACUUUAGAACUCCGACUCAACCAAAAUGCAAUAUAUCAAAUGGUUAGCUUUUAUUUUCUUAAAAACUAAAAAAAAAUAAUAAAAAAAAUAAAUAGGGUUUGAGUUCAUGUGCUGUGGAUUUGUUUAAAUAGUAAAGAGAGACAUAAAUUAUGAUUUGGUGUUUACAAAAAGGAAUUAAUGUUCCAUGGAAUCUUAUGAGUGAUUAUACUUCAACAGUACGUAGCUUCCUGGAUUGUGUUGUGCUUGUUUAUGAGAGACAAAACUCAAUCACCCUAAUUAUAGCCGACCUGUAAGAUUUUGAUCUCUCAAUUAUCAUAAAAAAUAUACACACAUAUAUAUAUAUAUAUAUUAUUGUCCAUGUUAAUGAUCAAGGAAGCCCAUUCUCUCUUGUAUAAAUUAUUAUAGUAACCAUUAGGAGGCUUAAUUAUUAACUAUAGUGUAUUUAAUUUUGUCUGCUUUUCUCAAGUUUUGAAACACAUCCCCAUGUGCUUGCCUCAGUUCUCUGCAUAGCUAGUGGAAUGGGUUUGGUAACGUAAAAAAAUUUGGGAGAGAGAGAGAGAGAUUGAGAACAUUUGUUGUGAUAUAAUGUAAGGACAUGUCUUGAUGGCAUACAUGGACAUAACUUAUUAGGUCCCACCACAUACUUCAUGUUACCAUGAUGAUAUGUCCAUAUGGUCUCUCCAUUUUCCAACACAUUCUCUAGUACAUAUAUGUUGCUAUACAGGUCCCAAGGGUGUUGUACAACCUAGCUUACACUUUUAGGACAGUUCUUUUGUAAAAUUGUGCCUUAAUUUAUCUUGCUCAAUAUGAAAAAUUAUUACAUUGAUCGCAUAUUCUCAACUAAUUAUAAUUCGACACAUCUAGAGUUGUAUUGGUAGAGAUCAUAUAAUAAUUUUUUUCUUAAUAUUUUUUUCUCAUUAUUGUAGUGACUUUGAUAAUGAAAUAUAUGCAUGUACAUGAGAAGUUAUGAUCUUCCAUAGAGUCAGACUAAAUUAAUUAUGCUUCAUUUACAAACAUGUUUGAUUAUGUCUUAAGAUGCUUCCUGGUAACAACCUCCAAAAAUACAAGUUGAAUUAUGUGAACUCUGAACUUGGACAUUAUAAGCAUGAUCAUGGGCCAUCCGAUUAGUAUUCAAUUAAUCAGGGUUAGAAAAAUCAAAUAGGUAGAUAUGAUGUCUCUAGUCAAAUCCAAAAUUUUGAACAUCAAGUGUUCUACGAACAUCGUAGUAGUAGUACGUACGAUGUACCAAAGAAAAUUAAUGAUUGUGAUACAAGUAGUUUUAUAUAAAAUAAUGUUGUUAUUGGUUAGGUGCACUCUGGGAUAUCGAGGAAGCAUGUAAAAAACAUAAAAAAAAAAAAAAAAAAAAGGUGGGUAUUAUUAUAGUGCGGUUUAAGUCUAGUCAAGAAGGCUUGUUUAUCUACUUCAUCACCCACAUCUUGUACUUGUAUUGGGAAAUCAGUGCAAGAUCUCUCAACCCCCUAUUUCCGACCGGUGAUAAAGUAGUAUGUAACGCCAAAACAAAGUGGUGAUUAGACCUAUGAGGGUAGAGGACAAAUUAAAUAGUCUAAUGAGACUUAAAAAAAAAAAGAAAAUAAAAAAUACUAAUUUUGUCCUAUAAUAAAUGUCUCCUCAAAUUAUUUAAGGGAAUAAACAUUAAAUACAUGUCCUCUAAUUGUUUUGAGAAAACAAUUUUAAAUUUUAAUUCAGUGUAAUUAUGAAAAGCUAAAAAAAUUCUACACAUUUAAUUUCAAAUGAAACAGAAUUAUUAUUAUUAUUAUUAUUUUUUUGGAUAAAAAUAUUAAAAUCAAAUUAGUGAUUAAGGAUUUAAAGGCUGGGCUCCCAAAAACAACGGAUGUACUUAAUUAACUCUAUAAUUUUAGUCUUAUUUAUUUCUAACCAAAAACGUAGAGUUGCGUGGGAUCCACAAUUGUAGUGGUGGGCCCACACCACCUGUCUCUUGAGUAGAAUUCGGCGUAAGUAGCAUAAACAUUUUUGUUUUUUUUUGUUUUUUGACAUCAGAUGGAAACUAAUGCGAUGGAUUUUUUUUUUUUCAUGGACCGACAAGAGGCUCGAAUGCUGCCAUUGAUGGAGGCGACAAGCCUUUGAUACCUCACUGAUCCUUGCAGCAAUAGUAAACCUAUGCACCUCAGAUAAUGCAAACCAAGCCUCUCUUUUCCUACUACUUUAUAUAUCCUCUCAUCUCUUCUCUCUUCCUUUCAAGCACUUCCUUGAUUUGUUACCACAAUCUCUCCCUCUCUCUCCUAUUUAACCUCCACCACCCCAACUAACUCAUUUCACUUGACUCAAUCCUAUCUCUUCCUCCACAAUUUCUUGAUUGAUCAAACAUUAACAUCAUCAUAACCCUCUUGACUAGUUUGUUCAUCUUUCUUGAUUUUGUUACCUACCCCCAUAGUCAUGAAUUUUGGACCCAACACAUCUCUUAAUCUCAGCCUCCCAACAAACAAUGAGCUCAACCUAGAACUUGUUCUCGACCCAACAUCAUCUUCUUCUUCUUCAUCACCCUUAAGCCCAGCCGAACCUCGCGUCUUCUCCUGCAACUACUGCAACAGGAGGUUCUACAGCUCGCAAGCCCUCGGAGGUCACCAAAACGCUCACAAGCUCGAGCGAACCCUAGCCAAGAAAAGCAGAGAAGCACAUGCAGGAUACAAACAUCAUCCCGGUUCUAGCUCCGGUAGUGGCUCAAGCCACGUUCGACGUGUGCAGUCUCCGGUCAGCGGGUUAGAGCACCAAGGAUAUGGUGGAAGGUUUAGUACUACUGGUGGUGAGUUGAGGUAUGGUAGGAGAGAGAUGAAUUAUGGUAAUUCUAGAGACGGUGGAUACAAGCCUGAUAGUGUUCAAGAGGAGUUUAGUCAGCUUGACUUGUCUUUGAGGCUUUGAUUUAUUGAAUUGAAUCAUAAUAUAUAUACAUAUAGUUUGAGAUCUAUGUAAUUUUGUAUUUCUAUGCUUAGUUAACUUUCUCAAGUCUAGUAAAAGAAGUGGAGAGAGUAUAAUAAUAAUGAUCGCAAGCCCUCAGAUUGGUGCUUGGGAAAGGAGAAACGUAGUGGUGAUCGAUCAUUUGGUGCCGAUUGUCGUGGUUGAUUAUAUUAUAUGGUCUGUUGAAUUUUAUGUGGGCACAUUGUUCUAUACAUAAUUAUAUCAUAAUUCAUGGUGCAGACCAACAUUAAUUAUAUAUAUCAA